AUGUUCCGCCCGGGCGCGCUGCGGCUGCGGGGCUUCCCGCUGAGGGGCUCCCCCGGCCUCCUACGCUCCGUCUGCGGCCGCGAAGGAGAAGAAAACCCACCCUUACCUGCAGAAACAAGAUGGAAAGACAGGGCAGAAACAGUGAUCAUUGGAGGUGGCUGCGUUGGUGUGAGUCUGGCUUAUCAUUUGGCCAAAGCAGGCAUGAAAGAUGUGGUCCUCCUGGAGAAAUCGGAGCUCACUGCUGGAUCUACCUGGCACGCAGCAGGUUUAACAACUUACUUUCAUCCUGGAAUAAACUUAAAGAAAAUACAUUAUGAUAGCAUCAAACUUUAUGAGAAACUGGAAGAAGAAACUGGACAGGUGGUGGGAUUCCAUCAGCCAGGUAGUAUCAGAAUUGCUACAACUCCUGUAAGGGUAGAUGAAUUUAAAUAUCAAAUGACUCGGACUGGCUGGCAUGCAACGGAACAGUAUAUUAUUGAACCUGAAAAAAUAAAAGAGAUGUUUCCUUUACUCAACAUGAAUAAGAUUUUAGCUGGACUGUAUAAUCCUGGAGAUGGUCACAUUGAUCCUUACUCUCUAACUAUGGCCCUGGCUGCUGGGGCUAGGAAAUAUGGUGCCCUUUUAAAAUAUCCUGCACCGGUGACUUCUUUGAAACCCAAGUCAGAUGGAACAUGGGAUGUUGAAACACCACAGGGAUCUAUGAGAGCAAAUAGAAUUGUGAAUGCUGCAGGGUUUUGGGCUCGUGAAGUAGGUAAGAUGAUUGGACUAGAACAUCCUCUCAUUCCAGUUCAGCAUCAGUAUGUUGUCACAUCGACCAUCCCUGAAGUGAAAGCUUUAAAGCGAGAACUCCCGGUGCUCCGUGACCUGGAAGGAUCUUAUUACCUCCGACAGGAAAGGGAUGGGCUUUUGUUUGGUCCAUAUGAGAGUCAAGAGAAAAUGAAAGUUCAGGACUCAUGGGUCACCAGUGGAGUUCCUCCAGGUUUCGGAAGGGAGCUCUUCGAGUCUGACCUAGACCGAAUCACGGAACACGUGGAGGCUGCCAUGGAAAUGGUGCCAGUCUUGAAGAAGGCUGACAUCAUCAAUAUCGUCAAUGGUCCUAUCACCUAUUCUCCUGACAUUCUGCCUAUGGUAGGGCCCCAUCAGGGGGUCAGAAACUACUGGGUGGCUAUAGGCUUUGGGUAUGGCAUAAUCCAUGCUGGUGGGGUAGGGAAAUAUCUCAGUGACUGGAUCCUGCAUGGAGAACCUCCUUUUGAUCUGAUAGAAUUGGAUCCCAAUCGCUAUGGCAAGUGGACAACAACUCAGUACACCGAGGUCAAAGCAAGAGAGUCAUAUGGAUUCAACAAUAUGGUUGGUUACCCUAAAGAAGAACGGUUUGCCGGGAGGCCAACUCAGCGAGUCAGUGGGCUUUAUAAAACCCUGGAGUCCAAGUGUUCCAUGGGGUUCCAUGCAGGCUGGGAGCAGCCACACUGGUUCUAUCAACCAGGCCAGGACACUGGGUACAGGCCAAGUUUUCGCCGCACAAACUGGUUUGAUGCUGUGGGCUCUGAGUAUAAACAGGUUAUGCAAAGAGUAGGGGUGAUUGACCUGUCACCAUUUGGCAAGUUUAACAUCAAAGGCCAAGACUCCAUUAGAUUGUUGGACCAUCUCUUUGCAAAUGUCAUUCCCAAGGUGGGUUUUACAAAUAUAAGUCACAUGUUAACACCAAAAGGUCAAGUAUAUGCUGAGUUGACGGUUUCUCACCAGUCUCCUGGGGAGUUUCUAUUAAUAACUGGUUCUGGAUCAGAACUUCAUGAUCUUAGAUGGAUUGAAGAAGAGGCUGUCAAAGGUGGAUAUGAUGUUGAAAUUAAAAACAUAACAGAUGAGCUUGGAGUCCUUGGCGUCGCAGGGCCACAUGCAAGAAACGUCCUUCAGAAACUGACCUCUGAAGAUCUUAGUGAUGAUGUUUUCAAGUUUCUUCAGACCAAGUCUUUAAAGGUUUCCAACAUUCCUGUCACUGCUAUCAGGAUAUCUUAUACUGGUGAACUGGGUUGGGAGCUGUACCACAGACGAGAAGAUUCUGCAGCACUUUAUGACAUCAUCAUGAAUGCAGGCCAGAAAGAGGGAAUUGACAAUUUUGGAACCUAUGCCAUGAAUGCCUUAAGACUGGAGAAAGCUUUCAGAGCCUGGGGAUCAGAGAUGAACUGUGAUACAAAUCCCUUGGAAGCUGGACUGGGAUAUUUUGUAAAGCUAAAUAAGCCAGCAGACUUCAUAGGAAAGCAAGCACUGAAACAGAUUAAAGCCAAGGGGUUGAAACGGAGACUGGUCUGCCUCACCUUGGCAACGGACGAUGUUGAUCCGGAGGGAAAUGAAAGCAUCUGGUAUGGUGGCAAGGUGGUUGGCAACACAACCUCCGGAAGCUACAGUUACAGCAUCCAGAAGAGUCUGGCUUUUGCGUACGUCCCUGUAGAGCUAAGUAAAGUGGGACAACAAGUGGAAGUUGAACUAUUAGGCAAAAAUUACUCAGCAACCGUCAUACAAGAACCCUUGGUGUUGACGGAACCAGUCAGAAACCAGCUUCAGAAAAAAGGUGGAAAGGACAAAAUUUGA